GACACCGUGUACGAGUAUUUUGUGGACCCCAAGAUGCGGAGUUGGACAUCAUUUGAGAAUAAGCUCCCUAAGAGUUGGCGCUACCCUCCUAACGCGCCCUUCUAUAAGAUCAUGGUGCCCACCGUCGACACCAUUCGCUACAACUACCUGGUGAGCAACCUGGUGGCCAGCCAGAACCCCGUCCUGCUGGUGGGCCCGGUGGGCACUGGGAAGACCUCCAUUGCCCAGAGUGUCCUGCAGUCCCUGCCCUCCAGCCUGUGGUCAGUGCUCGUCGUCAACAUGUCUGCGCAGACCACAUCCAAUAACGUGCAGAGCAUCAUCGAGAGCCGGGUGGAGAAGCGGACCAAGGGAGUCUACGUGCCGUUUGGGGGCAAGAGCAUGAUCACCUUCAUGGACGACUUAAACAUGCCGGCCAAGGACACGUUCGGGUCCCAGCCGCCCCUGGAGCUGAUUCGCCUCUGGAUCGACUAUGGCUUCUGGUACGAUCGUGUGAAGCAGACCAUCAAAUACAUUCGA